AUGUCUAUCCCACCCCUGAUCAACCACAUCUACACCGCGGACCCCUCCGCCCACGUCUUCAACGACCGAAUCUACAUCUACCCCUCGCACGACCGCGAAUCCACCAUCCCCUUCAACGACAACGGCGACCAAUACGACAUGGCCGACUACCACGUCUUCUCGCUCGACGUCCCCGGCGACCCCGCCUCCGUCACCGACCACGGCGUCGUCCUCUCCACCCCCGACGUCCCCUGGGCCUCGAAGCAGCUGUGGGCUCCCGACGCGGCGUCCCGCAACGGGAAGUACUACCUGUAUUUCCCGGCGAGGGACCACGAGGGCGUGUUUCGGAUUGGGGUUGCGGUGGGGGAGAGGCCGGAGGGGCCGUUUAGUGCCGAGAGGGAGUAUAUCAGGGGCAGUUAUAGUAUUGAUCCGGCGGUGUUUGUGGAUGAGGUGGAGGGCGGGGGCGAUGGGAGGGGGUAUUUGUAUUUCGGGGGGAUUUGGGGUGGGCAGUUGCAGUGUUGGUCGAGGGGAGGCUCAUCGUCAGGAGACGGGCAAGGGGAGUGGGAAUUCGACGCCUCGAAGACCGGACCGCAGGAGCCUGCCGGGGCUGGGGAGAAGGCGCUGUUUCCUCGUGUGGCGCGCCUCAGCGAGGAUAUGUUGUCGUUCGACACCGAUGUGAAGGAGCUGCAGAUCCUGGAUGAGGCCGGGGCCCCCAUCGCGGCGGAUGAUCAUGACAGACGCUUCUUUGAGGCUGCCUGGAUGCAUAAGUAUAAUGGGACUUACUACUUCAGCUACUCGACGGGCGAUACGCAUUAUCUGGCGUAUGCGACGGGGAAGAGUCCCUGGGGUCCGUUCACGUAUCGUGGUCGUAUCCUGGAGCCGGUGCUGGGAUGGACGACGCAUCAUUCGAUCGUGGAGUUUCGGGGCCGUUGGUAUUUGUUCUAUCAUGAUUGCGAGCUGUCCGGGGGUGUGAGUCAUUUGAGGAAUGUCAAGAUGAGGGAGAUCGGGUACGAUGAGAAGGGGGAGAUUUAUUUGAAGGAGUAG